AUGCAUUUUAGAAGAACGAUGAGUAGAGUGCCCACAUUGGCAUCUCUUGAAAUACGAUAUAAAAAAUCUUUCGGCCAUAAAUUUCGUGAUUUUAUUGCUCUAUGUGGUCACUAUUUUGCUCCAGUUAAAAAAUAUAUCUUCCCCAGUUUUAUCGCGGUUCACUACUUCUACACGAUAUCCCUGACAUUAAUAACUUCAAUCCUGCUAUAUCCCAUUAAGAAUACCAGAUACAUUGAUACAUUGUUUUUAGCAGCGGGCGCAGUUACACAAGGUGGCUUAAAUACUGUGGAUAUCAACAAUCUAAGCUUAUACCAACAAAUUGUUCUGUAUAUCGUAUGCUGCAUAUCAACACCAAUUGCAGUUCAUAGUUGCUUGGCAUUUGUACGGCUUUACUGGUUUGAGCGCUACUUCGAUGGUAUUAGAGACUCUUCUAGACGAAAUUUUAAGAUGAGAAGAACGAAAACAAUCUUAGAAAGGGAACUAACAGCAAGAACCAUGACCAAGAAUAGAACAGGUACCCAAAGAACGUCUUAUCCUAGGAAACAAGCUAAAACAGAUGAUUUCCAAGAAAAAUUGUUCAGCGGAGAAAUGGUUAAUAGAGAUGAGCAGGACUCAGUUCACAGCGACCAGAAUUCUCAUGACAUUAGUAGGGACAGCAGCAAUAAUAAUACGAAUCACAAUGGUAGCAGUGGCAGUUUAGAUGAUUUCGUUAAGGAAGACGAAACGGAUGACAAUGGAGAAUAUCAGGAGAACAACUCCUACUCGACGGUAGGUAGUUCGUCUAACACAGUUGCAGACGAAAGUUUAAAUCAGAAGCCCAAGCCAAGCAGUCUUCGGUUUGAUGAGCCACACAGCAAACAAAGACCCGCAAGAGUUCCCUCAGAGAAAUUUGCAAAAAGAAGGGGUUCAAGAGAUAUUAGCCCAGCCGAUAUGUAUCGAUCCAUUAUGAUGCUACAAGGUAAGCAUGAAGCAACUGCUGAAGAUGAAGGUCCCCCUUUAGUCAUCGGGUCCCCUGCGGAUGGCACAAGAUAUAAAAGUAAUGUCAAUAAGCUAAAGAAGGCCACCGGCAUAAAUGGUAACAAAAUCAAGAUUCGAGAUAAGGGAAAUGAAAGUAACACUGAUCAAAAUUCCGUGUCAAGUGAAGCAAACAGUACGGCGAGCGUUUCGGACGAAAGCUCGUUACACACAAAUUUUGGUAACAAAGUACCUUCAUUAAGAACAAAUACUCAUAGAUCAAAUUCGGGCCCGAUAGCCAUUACUGAUAACGCAGAAACAGACAAAAAGCAUGGGCCAUCAAUUCAAUUCGAUAUAACUAAACCUCCUAGAAAAAUUUCAAAAAGAGUUUCAACCUUCGAUGAUUUGAACCCAAAAUCUUCCGUUCUUUAUCGAAAAAAAGCAUCGAAGAAGUACCUCAUGAAACAUUUUCCUAAAGCGCGGCGAAUACGGCAACAAAUUAAGAGAAGGCUUUCUACUGGUUCAAUUGAGAAAAACAGCAGUAACAAUGUUUCAGAUAGAAAACCUAUUACUGAUAUGGAUGAUGAUGAUGAUGACGAUGACAACGACGGCGAUAACAACGAAGAAUACUUUGCUGACAACGAAAGCGGCGAUGAAGAUGAACGAGUACAGCAGUCUGAACCACAUUCUGAUUCAGAACUCAAAUCGCACCAACAACAGCAAGAAAAACACCAACUGCAGCAGAACCUGCACCGCAUGUAUAAAACCAAAUCAUUUGAUGAUAAUCGUUCAAGAGCAGUUCCUAUGGAACGUUCCAGGACCAUCGAUAUGGCAGAGGCUAAGGAUCUAAAUGAGCUCGCAAGGACGCCUGAUUUUCAAAAAAUGGUCUAUCAAAAUUGGAAAGCCCAUCAUAGAAAAAAACCGAACUUUAGGAAGAGGGGAUGGAAUAACAAGAUAUUUGAACAUGGUCCCUAUGCAUCUGACAGCGAUCGCAAUUAUCCUGAUAAUAGUAAUACUGGAAACAGUAUUCUUCAUUACGCAGAGUCUAUUUUACAUCAUGAUGGCUCUCAUAAAAAUGGAAGCGAAGAAGCCUCUUCCGACUCUAAUGAGAAUAUCUAUUCCACGAAUGGAGGAAGCGACCACAAUGGUCUUAACAACUAUCCUACUUACAACGACGAUGAAGAAGGCUAUUAUGGUUUACAUUUCGAUACCGAUUAUGACCUAGAUCCUCGUCAUGAUUUAUCUAAAGGCAGUGGUAAAACGUAUCUAUCAUGGCAACCAACUAUUGGACGUAACUCAAACUUCCUUGGAUUAACAAGAGCCCAGAAAGAUGAAUUAGGUGGUGUCGAGUACAGAGCAAUCAAACUUUUAUGCACCAUAUUGGUUGUCUACUACGUUGGAUGGCAUAUUGUUGCUUUUGUUAUGUUAGUACCUUGGAUUAUUUUGAAAAAGCAUUAUAGUGAAGUUGUUAGAGAUGAUGGUGUUUCACCUACAUGGUGGGGAUUUUGGACAGCAAUGAGUGCAUUUAAUGAUUUAGGUUUGACAUUAACUCCAAAUUCAAUGAUGUCGUUUAACAAAGCUGUAUACCCAUUGAUCGUUAUGAUUUGGUUUAUCAUUAUCGGAAAUACAGGGUUUCCCAUCCUUCUUAGAUGCAUCAUUUGGAUAAUGUUUAAAAUUUCUCCUGAUUUAUCACAGAUGAGAGAAAGUUUAGGUUUUCUCUUAGACCAUCCACGUCGUUGUUUCACCUUGCUAUUUCCUAAGGCAGCUACAUGGUGGCUACUUUUAACGCUUGCAGGAUUGAAUAUAACUGAUUGGAUUUUAUUUAUUAUUCUAGAUUUUGGCUCAACAGUUGUGAAAUCAUUAUCGAAAGGCUAUAGAGUCCUUGUCGGCCUGUUUCAAUCUGUUAGCACAAGAACUGCUGGAUUCAGCGUUGUCGAUUUAAGUCAACUGCAUCCUUCUAUCCAAGUCUCCUAUAUGCUAAUGAUGUAUGUCUCCGUAUUACCAUUGGCCAUCUCUAUUCGACGGACAAAUGUUUACGAGGAGCAAUCUUUAGGACUAUAUGGAGAUAUGGGGGGAGAACCAGAAGAUACGGAUACUGAAGACGAUGGUAACGAUGAAGAUGACGACGAGGAAAACGAGAGUCACGAAGGUCAAAGUAGUCAAAGAAGUAGUUCGAACAACAACAACAAUAACAACAGGAAAAAGAAAAAGAAAAAGAAAACUGAAAAUCCAAAUGAAAUAUCUACAAAAUCCUUUAUCGGUGCCCAUUUAAGGAAACAGCUUUCAUUUGACUUGUGGUUUCUAUUUUUAGGGUUAUUUAUCAUUUGCAUUUGUGAAGGGGACAAGAUAAAGGACGUACAAGAACCAAACUUUAAUAUAUUUGCAAUUCUUUUUGAAAUUGUUAGCGCUUACGGUACAGUUGGGCUAUCGCUAGGUUAUCCGGACACCAACCAAUCGUUUUCAAGACAGUUUACUACAUUAUCUAAGUUGGUGAUCAUAGCUAUGCUGAUCAGAGGCAAGAAUAGAGGUCUACCAUACUCACUGGAUCGUGCAAUUAUCUUGCCUAGUGAUAGACUUGAACAUAUUGACCACCUUGAGGGCAUGAAAUUGAAGAGACAGGCUAGAACCAAUACAGAAGACCCAAUGACGGAACAUUUCAAGAGAAGUUUCACUGAUGUGAAACAUCGUUGGGGAGCUCUUAAGCGUAAGACCACACAUUCCCGAAAUCCUAAAAGGAGCAGCACAACGCUCUAA